UCAUUCAUUCUCUUUUCUUUUUCGGUUGCUUUCAGAGGACACCACCACCCGUUAUCCCCGCGGCGGAACGCCAAAGUAGAAAGCGGCGGCCACCUCAUCUCACCCGGUCACUUCCUCUGCGCCCGGUUCGAAUUCCAGCUUGAUCUCGGUACUAGAGGAAGUCAGCGUCGCCCCAUCGACGGCGUCUACGUCCAUGUCCGGCACAUUGAGCCGGUUCAGGGUCAUCAUCAUCUUUUUAAGUCGGCGGGAAACAAAUUGAGCACCAGUGAUUUGAUUGCUAGCACAGACUACCAAAUUUGACGUCUUCCGAAAAAAACACUCGCGUGCGUUUUUGUUUACAAAAAUAUUCAAAACGUGCAUGUGCUUCGGUUUGGUGUGAACGCUUGUGAUUUUCGGAACCGGAAUUUCAACGUUAUUACAGCCUAAAUAUCUUAAAAAAAGUUCCUCCGGAAGACAAUGUGUAUCGAUAAUGUCGUUGGUGAAGUAGCAAAUUCCACCAACAGCAACGUCAGUACUUCGGCGAGCUUCAACAAUAGUUUGUCGGCCGACAUGAGUUUCGAUAAUCGCAAAUCGCUGGCGGCACAGGACCGGCAGCAGGAAGCCGACGGAGAUGGGCUCCGGAUCCGUCGGAUUGCCGGAGGUUGUAUGAUCAACCAUGAACCAGUAUUUUCACCGGAUGGAGACACCCUGUACGUGGUUUGGGAUAACAUUGUACGUGCCUUUAGUGUGGCCACCGGUGAGUGCAUCCGUGAUUAUGAUGGAGAGGGAUUCGAAAUCGUGGGCUUGAUUAUUGAUCGGUUUAAUCCAAAGCUGCUCUAUGCUUGCACCAGAACCGGGGAAUUGUUGAGUUGGAAAGCAAAUUCCGGAGUACUAAAUAAUAGAGAAGUUAUCAUGGACAACAUAAAAGUAAACCAUUUUAGCAUUCUGUACAAAGAGCAAAACGAAUCCUCGUUUUUGGUCGUUGGAGACAAAAUGAAUGUACCGACAAUUAUGAUCUACUGUCCUACGAAGCGCACUAUAACAGCUACGCACUUUUUAAGAUCGGACACACCAAUUCCGAAACCUAUAAAGUUUGCACCAGGUGCAGAAGGAUUGAAUUUCUUUGCUUUUAUAACCGGACACUUGUGGAAUUAUGGCGAAAUUAGACACAAGCAUAUAAAAAUAACGACGAAGAAGCACUGCAACUCAGUGACUGCCACCGUUAUUUCCUGUCACCCGACCGAGGACAUUGUAGCCGUAGGAGAUUCCAUCGGAAGAGUGGUCCUUUACAAACACUUCCUCCGUCAGAGAUCGGCUGUUCCGGAAACUUACCACUGGCAUGCCAAUCCUGUGCAGUGUGUCACAUUUUCACACACCGGUACCCAUUUCUAUUCCGGUGGAUUGGAACGAUGCCUAAUCAAAUGGACGGUCGGCAAGCAGGACACCAAAGACAUCCUCCCAAGACUGUCGGACUCAAUUCAACAGAUAGCGGUGGCACCGGAAAACCUUAGGGUUGCGCUUUGCACCGCCGACAAUGGGAUUCAAAUUCUGAAUGCCCUGCAAAAGCAGAUAGCCGUGGUUCAAAGCUUCUCGAGAAUUUCCGACGACCACACCGGGCGCAAUGCGUUUCCUGUAGGCCUGCGAGUGAAUCCCAGGACCCAGGCGUUGAUUCUGAACGGGCGCGUCGGGUGCGUUCAGUUUUUUUCGACCUACAGCAGGAGUUUACUUUAUACGCUGGACAUAACUUUGCGAAACUACAAUACCGUGGAGCAAAGGCAAGUGAUUUAUAACACGGUGGUUACGAACGUGGCCGUUAACGCUCACUGGUUGGCUACGGUCGAGACCUGGAACGACAAUUGCUACUCUUCGGAGACGAGACUUAAGUUCUGGCGCUACGACGACUCCCGCCAAAAUUAUGAGUUGAGUACCAACGUGGAAAAUGUUCACCAAGAUGGUGUGAAUGGGUUGGAGUUUUCGAAUGGCCUAAAGGAACGUGAUCUGGUCUGUGCUAGCGCCGGGAAAGAUCGAUGUGUGAAGAUUUGGUCCUUGGAAGAAAUUGAAGUUACCGGUGGAGGGGAGAAACUGGUUUGGAUUUGUGUGGGCCGAGUGGACUACAAAGGGCUGCCAGUGGAGUCAAUUUCAUUCUCCCAGGAUGGUUCUUUGUUGGCGGGUGGUUUUGGAAAUGUGCUAUGUGCCUGGAACGCCGAGACCCUCAAGUUAAAGUGUGUGCUCUCGGCUCCCGGCGGAAAUGAUGGUGGAGUUAACCGAGUUGUUUUAUCUAUUCCGGAAAAAAACAACAACAUCAAUAAACAGCAGUACCUAGAAAAAAGAUCCAAGGUUGUGCAACAACUGUUAGAGAUUCUCAAGCAGAAGGACGCUUCCAGCCUAGUCAAGCAUGUACAACCUUGCAAAAAGAUCCGCCAUUUGGACGAUAACAUCCAAUCCGUCAAAGAACUUUCAACCGAUGAUAGAAAAUCGCUAUUCGGUAAGGCCAAGUUCGCCAAUGAGCUUACACUUCUACAAAAAACUGAACUAUUCCAUCAUUUGAAAAUUCAAUGUCGAACGUCAAAUCAGAUGAAAGAGAAAAUUGCCGAAAAACUUGCGAAUGCGAAAAAAUCUUCAACCGCGGCUGGACGUCGACUCCAGGAAACCGUUGAUAAGCUAUGCUCGGAUGUAAGGUUUCGCAGCAGACGAAAAUUGCGCAAUUAUCAGUAUAAAAAGACAAGCUCGGUCAUGCUGCGUAGUUUAACUAAAAUAUUUGGAGUCGCAGACAAAAGCCAUCGUCGAAAAUCGCGGUCGGCUCCAAAAAAGAAAGGCAUAACAGAUGCCAUGAAGCCUUUGGCCAAAAUCAAUCAUGUCCUAUUCUGCCACGGAGAACACUCGCACCUGGUUGUGAUGACUACUGAAAAACGCCUUCUAGUGUGGAACUUGCUGACCCUAAGGAUCCAAGUUACUGUUAACAUAAGCGUUAAACGCAUUACUAUUGAUUCGUUUACAAAUUUGAUAGCUGCCUUCACCGUCGAUAACGAAUUAUACAUUUUCCUACCCAACAUCCCGAUGCCGCUGUACCACAGACGCAAUCUGCCGGUGGUUUACGGGGCCGCCUGGAUUCCCCGACGCUAUCCAAAGUCGCAAUCGCUGAACAUCGAUUGGCAGGCCGUUUCGCAGCUGUACUUCCUAAACGAAAACCAGGAACUGCUGCAUUUGGUGUCCGAUAGCGAUGAGGAAUCACUCGGACCCGUGGUGUACAUGAACGAGAUGCUUGGCAACGGGCUACCAAAUACACCGUUCGCUGCCAUGCUAACGAAGCAGGUGUCAACUGGUGCUGCUGUUUCGACGGCCGGAUCGUUUGCCAACGGUCUAGGUGCUGGUCCAAUGGGGGUCGCCGGAAAGGGUACCAUCAAAGAGAUCGUUUCCUCCUCCGCCCACACGAUGGCACCGAUUAGCCUGCUCUGCAAGGACUUUCUGCAAUCGUUGCUGCUGGUCCAGGAUAGACGUCAUCAGCAGCGCCAACCGUUGGAAUCUGACGAAUCGACGAACAACGCCACCACCAAUCCCGAUUCUCCUAAACCGAAAACCGAUAAGGAAAACGAUUCCGACGACGAGAUGAAUGGUGUCUGUCUUACACAACAGAUCAAUCUCGAAAAUCAGUUGAUGAAGAUUAUGGACCAGCCCGUGGAUAUCGAGUUUUGAGCACCUACAUUAAUGUAAGUAAAUGCCUUUAUUUUUCCCUUUUUUUACUGUUGAAAGAUAAUAAAU